ACGGUGGCCGAAACAAGUCGCGGUGUUCCGGAUUGGCGGAGGAUAGAAUGAACGUUGUUUGCUGGCGGCACUGAGGUUGGCGGGCGAUUUCAGCAUGGCGGCCUCCAUAGACGCUUGUGUCUCUGCUCCACGGGAGGGAUGCUGGCCUGAAGGCUCGGGCGCCGAAAGCGGCUUUAUUCGCGCUGUCUUGGCGUUGCCUGCCAAACCAAAUACUACUGUGAGGUUCUUCGAGCGCGGCGACUACUACACGGUGCAUGGCGAAGAUGCAAAGCUGGCGGCGGCGGAGGUCUUCAAGACGCGAGCGAUCAUUCGGAUGCUGGGCACAGGAACUCAGAAACUUGAGAGUGUUGCGCUCAGCAAGAUGAAUUUUGAAUCUUUUUUGCGAAAUCUGCUUCUGGUUCGUCAGUACAGGGCUGAAGUAUACAAGAACAAGGCAGGAAACAAAUCCACCAAAGAGACUGAAUGGUAUUUGGCCUACAAGGGUUCUCCAGGUAACCUUGCUCAGUUUGAGGAUGUUCUUUUUAGUAACCAUGAUAUGUCCUCUUCAGUUGGUGUUGUGGCCAUUAAGCUGUCCUCAGUUGAUGGACAGAAAGUUAUUGGAGUAGGAUAUGUGGAUUCAUUGGCGAGAAAACUAGAAGUAUCUGAAUUUGCAGAUAAUGAUCAGUUUUCCAACCUUGAAGCACUGUUGAUUCAGAUGGGGCCAAAGGAAUGCCUGCUACCUGUUGGAGAGGCUGCUGGAGAUAUGGAGAAAUUGAGGCAGGUGGUUCAAAGAGGAGGAAUCCUGAUCACAGAUAGGAAAAAGAGUGAAUUUUCAGCAAAAGACGUUGUUCAAGAUCUCAACCGCUUGCUGCAGUCAAGAAGGAAGGAGCGUGUGUCUAGUGCAGCAUUACCUGAAAUGGAUAAGCAGGUUGCCAUCUGUUCCCUGUCUGCUGUGAUUAAAUAUUUAGAGCUCUUAAAUGAUGAGUCUAAUUUUGGACAAUUUGAUCUUACCACCUUCGACCUUAAUCAGUAUAUGACACUGGAUCAUGCUGCCGUCAGAGCCCUUAACCUUUUCCAGGAUUCUUCAGAAUUUGCCCAAGGAACACAUUCACUGGCUGGAUUGUUGAAUAAGUGCAAAACACCUCAAGGGCAAAGGCUAAUGAACCAGUGGAUCAAACAACCACUGAUGGAUAAGAACAAAAUAGAGGAAAGGCUAAAUUUGGUAGAGGCCUUUGUGGAGGAUGCAGAACUAAGACAGUCUCUUCAGGAAGAUCUUCUCCGUCGCUUCCCAGACUUCAGUCGGAUAGCAAAAAAAUUUCAGAAGAAGGCCACUUUGCAGGACUGUUACAAAAUAUAUCAGGCAAUUAAUCAGAUACCUAAUGUAAUACAGGCACUGGAAAAAAGUGAUGGAAACAACGAUAUGCUACUAGAAGCUGUAUUCACAAAACCUCUUAAAGAGCUACUCUCUGAUUUCUCCAAUUUCCAAAAGAUGAUUGAUGAAACUUUGGACAUGAAUACGGUGGAAAGUCAUGAAUACCUUGUGAAACCUUCCAUUGACCCCAGCCUUGCUGAAUUGAGAGAAAAUAUGGAUAAGCUGGAAGAAAAAAUGCAGGGUGUGCUGAAAACUGCCGCCAAGGAACUAAGUUUGGAAGCUGGCAAGAGUAUCAAAUUAGAAUGCAAUGCACAGUUCGGACAUUUUUUCAGAAUUACCUACAGAGAAGAGAAGGUUCUGCGGAAUAAUUUGAAAUAUAAGAUCUUGGAAACCCAGAAGAAUGGGGUGAAAUUCUCCAACAGUGCAUUGAAAGAGAUUAAUGAAGACUAUAUGAAGAGCAGAAAAGAAUAUGAAGAAAUGCAAGAUGUUGUAGUUAAAGAAAUAAUCAAUGUUGCUUCAGGGUAUAAAGAACCCAUUCAGAUUCUCAAUGAUGUCAUUGCCCAGCUAGAUGCCAUUGUCAGUUUUGCUCACGCAUCAAAUGCAGCACCAAUACCAUAUGUGCGCCCAGCUAUUCUGGAAAAGGGGCAAGGAAGAAUUAUCCUGAAAGCUUCCAGGCACCCCUGCAUUGAAGUUCAAGAUGAUGUUGCUUUCAUCCCAAAUGAUGUUACCUUUGAGAAGAGCAAGCAGAUGUUCCACAUCAUUACUGGGCCAAACAUGGGAGGAAAAUCAACCUAUAUACGACAGACUGGAGUGAUUGUUCUUAUGGCCCAAAUUGGAUGUUUUGUGCCAUGUGACUCUGCAGAAGUGACUAUUGUUGAUUGCAUCCUGGCUCGAGUUGGAGCUGGAGACAGUCAGCUGAAAGGUGUAUCUACCUUCAUGGCAGAAAUGCUGGAGACUUCCUCCAUCCUUAGGACUGCAACAGAGAAUUCCUUGAUAAUCAUUGAUGAGUUGGGAAGAGGAACAUCAACAUAUGAUGGAUUUGGAUUGGCCUGGGCAAUCUCUGAAUAUAUUGCCAGCAAAAUGCAAGCUUUUGCUAUGUUUGCUACUCAUUUUCAUGAACUGACAGCACUAGCUGAUCAAAUACCCACCGUAAAUAACUUGCAUGUUACAGCAUUAACUACGAAGGAGACCCUGACAAUGUUGUACCGUGUGAAAAAAGGGCCUUGUGACCAGAGCUUUGGUAUCCAUGUAGCAGAACUGGCUGCCUUUCCCAAACAUGUGAUAGAGUGUGCCAAGGCCAAGGCUCUGGAAUUGGAGGACUUCCAGAAUAUUGGAGUGUCUCAGGAGGAGGAUGAAGAACCGGCUGCGAAAAGAUGCUACAGAGAGAAGCAGGAGGGGGAACAAAUAAUUCAAGAUUUCCUUUCUCAAGUGAAAGCAAUGCCAUUGACAGAAAUGUCUGAAGACGAUAUCCGGACCAAACUAAAGGAGUUAAAAGACCAAGUUUUGAGAAAAAACAAUAGUUUUAUAAAUGGAAUCAUUUCCCGCAUCAAAAAUGCCUCAUGAUGCAUAAGUAAAACCACUUGAACUUGUGAUUCUUUUCUGAUCAUAAUCUCUGAACUGAGGCCACAACUAUAUUGUCCUGUCUCACUCCCUUGCAAUAUUAAAGAAAAGGCCUCAGGAAUUGGCAUGUUCCAAUUUCUUCUCCUCAUAUUAUAUAAAGCAGCCAGAAGAGUAGAGUUGGGGAAUAUAUAACAGUAGAGUUGGGGAAUAUAUAACAGUGAUAAAGGUAUCUAGUCUACGGCUCUGAAGCAGGCAAAAGAGCUUCAGAACUGACACAGGCAUCUUCUGUGUUCCUUUUCAGGCCAGAUCCAAAGUGCCUUUACCUGCUUUGGAUCUGAAUGCUACACACUUCUUUACUAAAUGCUAUAGCCAUAAAACUAUGCUUCUGGUGCUCUUGAGAUAUUAGCUGUAUCUUGCUGUGUUGCAUUUUGCUCCAAUCACUGAACAAUUCUUGUUUCAGUUUUACUUUAGAAAAAUAUGUAUUUGUUGCAUCCUCUGAAACCCUUUCAGGCAUAUUAUAGCCUUGGAAUAAAUCACACUCCUCCCUGAUUAAGAGGCAUGUUAAUGUCACAGAAACAAGAAGAGCAUUUUGCUAUUUUUGGUUAGAGGCCCAUAGCUUAUGCCAAUAUAUUUAGCCCCGAAGGCUAGAACGGAAAAGCAUUUACUAAGGGCUGUGGUUAAUUUGUGUGUUUGUAAGUGGGUGUCUCUGUAUGACCUCCACGGUGUUCUAAACUUGAAAUGGUUAUCCUUAAUGUAAUGUAAAGUUUCACUGUAGUAUUUUAUUCCUGUUUUAUUCAAAACAUUUCAAACAACUUGAAGUAAGAAAAUAAAAUAAGUUUGCCUUCACUGUUGCAGGAGAUCCUGAAACUGUCUCUCAAUGGCAUAUUAUACCCAUAUUUCUUCAAUGCAUCUUUGUGGAAUUUGAUCCUACAUGUCUGUUUUAUUGUAUUAUGUGUAGUGCUUUUUUUUAACAAAUCACAAAAAUAUAUAAGAAAAUUUGCUUCUAAUAAUUUAUAGCUAAUAAUUUUGCCACUACCAAUAAAAGGCAGAGAAUUAAGAAAAUAUUUUAGUCUAAAUAAACAGAAGAAAUAUUCUUGUUCUAAUGAAAACUCAUUAUCUUUUUUACUAAUUUAUUAUUUUCUUUUUAAUAAUGUACUAAUUAGUAAUGUCUAAUUUAUUAACCAUUUAUUAACCUGUUUAAAUUAUGAUUGUCAAAACAGGUGUAUUUAGUUUUAUAGUCUGUUGUUUGAGAAUAAUGCUCGCUCUUAGAUAAAGCAAACACUGGGAUCCUCCAGGGGCUAUAUAGUACUGUUCAAUUUUCUAAUAAACCCUUUAAA